CAUCACUCCGAAGCCUCGUGAGCAGCAAGGUCUCGUGCAAUCCCACAACCACCGCCAAAAUGUCCAAGGGUCGCGCAGCCGGAGGAGUCGACCAGAUCGUCAAGCUGAUCGUGGGAGCCGGCCAGGCCAGCCCCAGUCCCCCCGUCGGCCCCGCGCUGGGCAGCAAAGGUGUCAAGUCCAUGGACUUUUGCAAGGAGUUCAAUGCUCGAACCGCACACAUCACAGUAGGCACGCCGGUGCCCUGCAAGGUUGUUGUCCGCCCCGACCGAUCAUUCCACUUCGACAUCCGCACGCCGCACACGUCGUGGCUGCUCCUCAAUGCCGCCCAAGCUCCUACGAACAAGAAGGGAAACCGAAAGGGCGCGAGCAAACCUGGUCACGAGACCAUUGGCAACGUCAGCCUCAAGCACAUCUACGAGAUCGCCAAGAUUAAGCAGACCGAGCUGCGUCUCUCUGGACUGUCCCUCGAAUCACUGUCUAGGUCCAUUAUCUACCAGGCAAAGUCGAUAGGAAUUAAUGUGGUGGCAUGAUGCGAGCGUUUGGGAAGCUGGGCAUGGAGUUGGGAUAUGAGCCAUGGGCGUAUAUAGAACCACCUGCGACCAGAUGUCGAAUAUGUACAACAGAGUAUGAAUGAAACGGCACCGGCUAGGAUGAGAAUGUACGAGUUGAUCUGCCCACUGAGUUUCCGGGACCGCCGGAGCAUUUGCGUGUCUUGCUCGGCUAGGCGGCCACUGACGAAUAGGUUGCAUCAUGCGCUGGCAUCGGUACUUGAUAAGGAUAAAAAGGAUCAAUCAGCAUUGCACCCAAACACGUGUUACCUAGGUAGCUUCGAAACCAAUUGAUGAGCAGGCAGACAAAAACGUGCAGUCAGCGUCAUUGAUGUGCUCAACAAGCAGAGUACAUGGUUGUCCUUUGAUGCUUACAUGGCCCACUUUACGCAUGGGA